AUGUCUAAAUCUAAUUUGGAUUAUUUAAAUUUCUCCUCUAUCCGAUCCCUUUGCAAGCAACGUAGUAAAACUGAUUAUGCCUGCUAUUUAAAUAAAAUUCAACUUUCUCUAAAAUCUAACCCUAAACAAUUUUGGUCCUUUAUGAGAAAUUUAAAAUGUUCUUCAGGUUUACCGAAUUCUUUAUCCCUUAAUAAUCUAAUAGCUGAUAACGGUCAAGAUAUAGUAAAUUUAUUUAGUAGUUAUUUUGCCUCUACUUAUAAAAAAGUAAAUGCUCCUGCUCUUUCCACCCUUGUCAUAAAAUCUUUUCAAUCAAUAAAUAAUUGUGACAUAAACCUUCUUGAUGUCUUCAAUGAACUCGACACUUUAAAUUAUAAAACCCCUACUGGCCCAGAUGGCAUUAAUCCUUUAUUUUUAUAUACAUCAACACCUCCCUUUACACGAGUUGCUUCCCAUCAAUUUGGAAAAACACAUUCAUUAAUCCUAUUUUGA